AUGGGACGACUAUGGGAGCGCUUUAAGCGCUGGUUCUUUCAGAGGUACAAGUUUACCCGACAGAGCAUCUUUUGGACCCUCUUCUGCAUCGUCGUCUUUGCCCUGACACUUUACUUUAUGAAUGUCAUGGCCAAUGUCGCGUCGUAUCUAUCGCCCGACAACACCAAGGUACCCAAGCUGUCCGAUCGACUCUUCGAAGUCAUUCCUUCAAUCCAACUCCUCUGGCUCACCGACCUCGCAGACGCCCUCCUGUUUGUACCUACCGUCAUUCUUGUCCUCACCCACUAUCGACCUCUCUACCUCUUAUGUAAGGUCUUGUUGACCUGGGCCCUCUGCAACCUAAUGCGUAUCACGACUGUCGCCAUCACAUCCUUCCCCGAUCCACGCGAUGGUUGCAUGCACUCUGUUGGCGAAUUCUUCACCACUUUCCUGCUGCACCGGUGUGGUGACUGCAUGUUCAGUGGACACACCGUCAUCUUUGUGAUCUCGGCACUCGUCUGGACAAGUCAUGGCUACCACCGUUUCCCCAAAAGAUACAAAUGGCUGGCUUGGAUCUGCAUUAUCUUUGUGUGGGCAUUGACCUUUGGAUCAGCUAUUAUUGUGAUUGCCAAUCGCGCCCACUACACAGUCGAUGUCCUGGUAGCGUUCUAUGUCGCUGGAGGCAACUUUUACAUCUGGACCUACAUCUUUGACCGCUACAUCGAGGAGAAGGGACGACUUAUGGACCUUACACACCCCUGGGGAAAUGGGCCUGACCCAAGACCUCAUGCCCAAGAACGCGAGCAAAAACGACAACUCCGGGUGCCUACGGAUGCGGAAAAGGCGGCAAUGGCAGGACACCAUCCUGCGUCAGCGUAUCAGACAGGGGAGGUUCAGAUGCAGCCAGUCUGCACCGAGACAGGACAACCAUCAAAUAGCCAGGUCUACUACACUAAUUCAGCACAACCGGCAAGCAACCAAACCACCUACAACAACCAACAAGGGGACGAUCAGGGCAGGACCCAGAUAGUCGAAGAGCAGCCAUACCAAGAGCAGCCAUACCAAGAGCAGCCGAUGCAACCUCCUGGAGAAGUGUACACCCACCCAGAACGACAAUAG